AUGGCGAGAGCAGGGGGUUUGUUCUGCCUCGUGUCGCCGGUCCGCGGCGAGCCCUCCGACCGCCGCAGCCGCCGGCGCAGCAGCGCCGCGUGCAUAUGCUGCGUUGGCCCUCACCACAAACCGUCGUCCGGCGCUCCCGACGCCGACCUGAGAGUGAGGCUGCCGCUCAUCAGCUGCUGCAGCGGCGGGGACGUCCGCGGCCGCAGCAGCGGCGCCGCGCGCACGCCGCGCACCCCGAGGACGCCGUGCACGCCCACCGCCAGGCGCCUCUGCGGCGUGCGCUCACGCACGCCGCGCCGCGGGCAGGUCUGCUGCUUCCCCGUCGCGUCGGCAGGGCCGGGGCCCGCCGGCGUCGCGAGGACGCCGCGAACCCCUGCCACGCAGCAGCGCGCGUGCUGCGUCCGCGUCCCCGCGCAGCAGGGCCCGGGCAGCGCCAAGCUGGGCAGGCGGCGCCGCUGGUUCCGCUCCGCUCGCCAGGCGGGUGCGCAGACGACGCUGCACUUUCGGGGCGCCGGCCGCGACACCGCCCACGCUGGCAACAGCAACAACAAAAGCCUCACGGAGGCGGAGAUGGCAGCGGCGGCUGCCGAGGAGGAGACGUGCUCCAACGACGAGUACGCGCUCCUCUGCAGAGAGGGAUUCUCCCGGGAGGACGUGGCCGCGGUCACCAUCCAGGCCUACUUCCGCGGCCACCUGGCGCGGCGGGCGUUCAGGGCGCUCAAGAGCCUGGUGAGGAUUCAGGCGGUGGCGCGGGGCGCGUUCGUGCGGCGGCAGGCGGAGGUGGCCAUCCACUGCAUGCAGGCGAUGGCGCGGCUGCAGGCGCGCGUGCGCGCCCGGCGGAUGCUGUCCGUGGCCAAACCCGAACUCCAGGAGGAGCAGCUCUUGCAGAGCUGA